AUACAGGAAAAAAAUAAUGUGACAGUUGACACUUGAAAAAAAUUAUUAUUUGGUUUCAAAAAUUCUGGCGUGUUUUUUUCAACACGUGUGAAUAAAAAAAUCGAAUAAACUGUUAAUUGUGAUUUAAAAAACUAUUACUUACUCUAUUUUAUGUACAUGUUUUUUAGUUGUUGUCCUAAAAAAAUUAGGACGUGACGUAUUUAAACAAGAAAAUAAAAUUCUUUUAAAUAGUUUUAAUUUUUAUUUCUAAAUCAGUAAAUAUGGUUGUUUUUACGUGUGGUCAUUGCGGGGAUUCUGUACAGAAACCUAAGGUCGAAAAACAUUAUUUAACAAAAUGUAGAAAUAAGAAUCCCAAUCUGUCCUGUAUGGAUUGUUUUAAAGACUUUUUGGGAGAUGAUUACGAGAGUCAUACUAAAUGUAUUACUGAAGAAGAACGUUACUCUGGAAAAGGUUUUAUUCCCAAAGAGAAAAAAGGUGAAAAGAAACAAAAUGCAUGGGUAGAAAUGUUGCAAUCUGUCCUGGAUGAACAAAAAAAUGCAUCUAGAAAUGUCUUAAGGAUCAUUGAGAACAUCAGCAAGCAUAAUAACACACCUAGGAAGAAACCCAAAUUCAUUAACUUUGUUAAGAAUAUUUGUGGACAUAAAACAAACCCAAAAGAUAUUGAUCAGGCUUGGGAUUUGAUUUCAGUAAAGUUAGCUGAUUUGUCGAAUUACAAUGCACAGAAUAGAAACCAAAACCAGAAGGAUAAGACUGAUGAAAAGGUGAAUGGCUCGGCUAUAGAAGAUCAAAAUGAAGAUACUCCCAAUGACAAGACUGAAAAUAGCAACACUAAUCAUGAAGAAGAUGAGGAAGAACCUGAAGUUAAAGAAGGCGAAAAAAAUGAAGAAAUCCAAAAUGGUGAAACUGAACAAACUAAUAAGAAACUAUCUAAAAAGCAAAGGAAAGAAGAAAAGAAACGUAAGAAGUAUGAAGCAGAAUUACUAAGUGCCGAAGCUCCAGAAAUUACUCAGGAAGAAGAAGUGCCAAAGAAAGGUAAGAAAAAUAAGAAUAAAACUGAAAAUACAAAUAGUCAUGAUGAAACUAAUUGUAAAGAUAAAAAUAAGAAGAGGAAGAGGCAAGACACUGCAAAUACUGUAGAUUUGGUAGCAGCUGUAAAUGGUGCUGAGGUUGAAAAUUUAUCUGAAAAAGCAAAAGCUAUUAAAAAAAAGUUGAAAAUGGAAGGUGAAAUUGAUGUUGCCGAAGGAGUUGAGAGUGUUUGCCUUCAUGAUCAAAAUGUCGCCAAGAGCGAAAAAGAAGUGGCAGAUAAUAACGGAAAAUUUAACUGGCACGCAGUUAUUAUGUCAGUUUUAAAAAAGAAAGGCAAUGAGCUUCCAUUCAAGCGCCUACAGAAAAAAGUUUUAUCUGAGUAUUCAGAAUUUUCAGGGUGUGAAGUGGAUGACAGAAUUGCGGAUAAAUUUAUAAAAAAGCUUAAGAGCGCACCAAAUGUUAGGGUUGACAAAAACAGAGUCUUGCUACUAGAAGAUGAAGAAUAAGUUCUUUUUAUACAUUUUUUUUAUACAAGUAUGUCAGCCAACAAGCUUACGGGUCACCUGAUGGUAAGCGAUUACUUAGCAUAUAGACAAACAACUGCAACAACAGACGCAUCGCAAGUGCGUUGCUAAUCCUACCCCCAAUCCCCUCAGGAGCUCUGGCUACCUUGCUAACCACAGGAACACA